AUGGCCACUAACAAUGAAGCGAUCGCAAAAUAUACUCCUCAAGAUGCUACUACCAACCCUUCUCUGAUUUUGGCUGCUUCUGAAAAGCCACAAUAUGCUAAGUUGAUUGAUGUGGCUGUCGACUAUGCUAAGGACAAGGGAUCAUCCGCAGAAGAGAAAGCAAACAUCGCCCUCGACAGACUUCUCGUUGAGUUCGGAAAGGAGAUUUUGAAGAUUGUUCCUGGCAGAGUUUCCACUGAGGUGGAUGCCAGACUUUCAUUUGAUAAGGAGGCAACAAUCAAGAAAGCGCUUGAAAUCAUUGAGCUCUACAAAUCCCUUGGCAUUGACAAGGAAAAGAUCUUGAUCAAGAUUGCUUCGACCUACGAGGGUAUUCUUGCUGCUAGAGAAUUGGAAGAAAAAUACGGUGUUCAUUGCAACUUGACUCUCCUUUUCUCUUUCAUCCAAGCUGUUGCUUGUGCCGAAGCUAAGGUCACUCUGAUCUCACCUUUUGUUGGUAGAAUCAUGGAUUGGUACAAGGCCAAGACGGGCAAAACUUACGAAGGAAAGGAAGAUCCAGGUGUUCAGUCAGUUACUAGGAUUUUCAAUUACUACAAGAAGUAUGGUUAUAAGACUAUCGUUAUGGGAGCUUCUUUCAGAAAUGUUGGGGAAAUCACUGCGUUGGCAGGAUGUGACUACUUGACAAUCGCUCCAAAGCUUUUGGAAGAAUUGAUGAAUUCUAAAGAGCCAGUUCCGAAGGUUUUGGAUGCCUCGGCUGCUCAAGCUUGCACCGAAGAAAAGGUUUCCUACAUUGAUGAUGAGGCCAAAUUCAGAUUCCUUCUUAACGAGGAUGCUAUGGCCACGGAAAAGCUUUCCGAAGGUAUCAGAAAGUUUUCUGCUGAUUGUGUCACUCUGGUCAACGUGCUGAAAGCUAAGUUUGAGUAA